AUGGAUAGCGAUGAGUAUAAAAAAGAAGUUGAAGCAAAUGUAAAGGCAGAAAAACUUUUACAGUUGCAAAACCAAACCGUACAGUAUGAAAACUUAGCACAAGAAAGUAAAAAUAACGACGCAGCCAUGCAAAAGGCAAUGAAAAGCGCAGAAUAUAUAAAAGCUAACAAUGACUGGUUAGAUACCCAAGCCAACGCUAAAGCAGCCCAGCUUAUAGGGUCAAUAAGGACAAAAAUACAAGCGGAUGAAGACAGUUCAAAUGAAGCUUUAACAAAUGCUGACUUUAAGAACGCCUUCGAAGCUCUUCAUAGUAAGGUGAAACUAGUGAACGACUUCUCAUCUGGAAAGAAACUGAAGUCUGAAGGUUUCGACAAAGAGUUAAGAGAAGUAGCACAAAAUAUGACGAAAAUAACAGAUGCAGCAACGAGACAGGCAGUUCAAAGUGCCUAUGACGCCGUUAGAGCAACUGUUGUGGAAAGUCAAGAAAAAGAGUUACAACAGACCAAAACAGACCUAGUAAAUGCUUUCUUAAAAACGAAAAGUCAGGUAGGACACUAUGCUGCAGAUGGAACAUAUGUGCCAGCUGGUGGAACUUAUAUACUAGCUAGUGGAACCUAUAUACCACCAAACCCUCCAAGAGAAGCACCUGCACCAGGACUACCUAAAACAUUUACAUCGUCACAUGGACACAGACACAGGCAUGCACCAAAACCAACAGUUCAAAAUCCAACACAACAACCACCUCCACAACAACAACCACAACCAGCACAGCAACCAACAGUUCAAAACCCUGCACAACAACCACCUCCACAACAACAACCACAAACAGAGCAAGGACAUAAAAGAAGUAGAGAACAAGGAAACCAAGAUUUCUUAAAAAUGCUUAAAGAAGACUAUGGUUACCCAGAUACUCUUGACUUUAGUGACAGAUAUAAAGAAGCUAUUAGAAAGUUCAAGGAAGGAAAUACUGACCCGAACCUAUUUAGCUUUAUGGCUCAGCACCAAAUGGGAUAUAAUUUCAAACCUGGAAAAUACAAGCUCGCUAAGGGAUAUGAUUUAAUAGCAUAUCAUCCAAAUGACAUGAACGAAUUUACUCCGAGAUAUUUGGU